AUGCCCGGAUGCCCCUUCCAGCCCCGUCCCUGCUCCUGCCACUGGCAGUACCUCCCCAGCCACCCCACUGCCAUGCCGGAGGCCUUGCGGCCCCCCCCAGCUGCUGGCACCCGGGGGGUUUGGUGCCUGGUGCUGUUGGCCCUGGCAGGGGAUGCGGCAUGGCAGCCGUGCCGCAUUGACGCUGACAACCGGACGGGGCUGUGCAAGGGGCAGGACCUGGUGCGGGUGCCCCAUGGCCUCCCCAGUGGCCUCCACAGCCUCGACCUCUCAUAUAACAAGCUACAGGAGAUCACGGCGGGCGACUUCGCCAGCAUGACCCAGCUACGGCACUUGGAUUUGGGCUACAACAACAUCUCCCGCAUUUCGCCAAAUGCUUUCCUCUCCAACCCCCUCUUGGAGCACCUCCGGCUCUUCAACAACUCUCUCAAACGCAUCCCGGCACUGGCGUUGCAACCGUUGGUCAACCUCCGUUGGUUGGACAUGUCCAACAACCUCUACCGCAGCGUGGCGUUGGAUGGCAUCUUUGGCAGGCUGCAGCAGCUGCGGGAGCUGUCACUGGGUGGGCCGCUGCUGCGGGACAUCUCCCGGGGGGACUUUGCCAUCUUGAAGGACACGGCGCUGCAGAAGUUCGCCAUCAAGUCGGCCUCCAGCCUGCGACGGUACGAAGUCGGGGCUUUCUCGUGGCUCAACACCACGGAGCUGUGGUGCGACAUUGCCUUGGACGAGAGCGCAGCGGCUCUGCCGCUGAUGUUGCGGGACCUGCGGGGCAAACCCCUCAACUACCUGCGUUUCCGUAACCUCUUUGAGUUCACCUACUACACUGGUGACGCCGAUCCCUUUGAUGGCUUGGCCGAGUUGCAGAUCACCAAGUUGGUCUUCUACCGGGGCAAGUUCAACGAGAACCUCCUCCGCUUGGCCCUGCUCAACGUCCAACGUUCCCACGUCCGUGACUUGGCACUGGUGGCCAUUGACUUCGCCCGCUCACCGUGGCAGAACAGCUCCAGCAUGGAGGCGCCUGCCCCACGGCUUGACCGCCUCUUGCUGCAAGACAUCAGCAACCCUGAUGUCCUGCGUUUCGACUGGACCUUCACUUGGUUCAGUGGCGUGGCUGCCCUCUCCAUCAUCAAUGUUAACUUCAACUAUGUCCCCUGCGAUGCUUGGGGCGAGAUGCGUAACGUGGAGGCCUUGGACAUCUCCGGCAACCGCCUGGAAGACAGUUAUAUCUAUAACCAACACUGCCACUAUGAGGGUGUCAUGCCCAAGCUGGAGAGCUUUGUCUUGGCCACCAACCAGCUCCUGAGCCUGGCUGUGGUGGCCACCUUGACAAGGACCUGGCCCCGGCUCACCCACCUUGAUGCCAGCCACAAUGGCUUGGGCAGCCUGCAGGAGACGUGCCAAUGGAGUUCUACCUUGCGUUGGCUGGCCCUCCACCACAACCGGGUGACGGCAGGCACCUUUGGGUGCCUGCCCACCACCCUUGAGUACCUGGACCUCUCCUACUCACAGCUUGACCGCUUGGACAUGGACUACUUCACCCGAAGCCCCUGGCUGCAGGAGCUGCGGUUGAGUGGCAAUAAGAUCAAGUUCAUCCCCUCUGAGUGGAGAUGCCCCCGUUUGGAGGUGCUGGCCAUCGACGGAAACUCCUUUGGUGUCAUCAACCAUGGGUCUUUCAUCAAUAUGCCGCGGCUCAUUAGCCUGGCAGCCGGCAACAACCCCUACCACUGCACCUGUGACCUCUACCUCUUCUUGGAGGAGACGUGGCGACGGGGACGACCCACCUUGACCGACUGGCCCCACAACUGGACCUGCUACCAUCCCGAGCCACUGCUGGAUACGGCCGUGGCCGCUUACGCCCCACGUCCCUUGGAAUGCAAUGUGCCAGCGUUGGUGGCCGUGGCGGUGGCCAGCACGGUGGUGGCAGUGGUGGCGUGUGCCGUGCUCUGCUGGAAACUGGAUGCCGGUUGGUACCUGCGAGCCACAUACCAGUUGGUGCAUGCCAAGUAUGGCAGGCGGCGGACAGGUGCCACACGGCGAUGCUCCUACCACGCCUUCAUCUCCUACAGCUGUGCCGAUGCCGGCUGGGUUCGCCAGGAGCUUCUGCACCGGCUAGAGAGCACCACACCACCAUACAGGCUCUGUAUCCACGAGCGGGACUUCACACCGGGCCGUUGGAUCAUCGAUAACAUCGUGGAGAACAUUGAGAGGAGCGCCAAGGUCAUCUUCGUCCUCUCCCGCAGCUUUGUCGACAGUGAGUGGUGCAACUAUGAGCUCUACUUUGCCCACCAACGUGCUGUGGGGCUGGGCAGUGAGGAUGUCAUCUUGGUGGUGAAGGAACCCAUUGAUGCUCAGGGUUUGCCCCGGCGUUUCUCCCGGCUCCGGAAGAUGUUGGGCACCAAGACCUACCUGGAGUGGCCCCAUGAACCCGGGAGACAACCCUUCUUCUGGCUUCAGCUUCAUAGCCUCUUGGGCAGCCCUGGGGGGCUCGGUCCUGCUGCCGGCGAGGAAGAGACAGCCGUGGAUGCCACCACGUAG